AUGCUAAACUUGGCAUUUUCAGACCCGGUUUACAUUGCGGACCACUCUGGACUGGAGAGGGUGCGGGUGUUCCGAGAAGACAUCUGGACUCCCGAUGUUCUUCCAUACAAUGAUGUGCGCACCUUCGAUCACAACAAGUUCGACAUUGUUGUUCCACUGACUGUGCACUCAGACGGAAAAGGGAGCAUUUCAGAGAGUUUAGGAAAAAACAUAUACUGGGCCCGUCCGACGGACUACCGUACUUCGUGCAACCUAGAUAUCACUGACUUCCCCUUCGACUCCCAGACAUGUGAAAUACCUCUGGGCUCGUGGCAGUACGAUGCCAAUGAAGUGCAGAUGACCUGCGAUGACAGUGAUAUAGACCUCUCGUUCUACCAGGAAGACAGCCUUUGGUCCCUGGAAAGCGUUUCAUGUGAGCCGAGGGAAACAAACUCAUCUUUCUACGGUUUGUUCAGCGAAGCUGCAUUGAAAGUAUCUUUCAAACGUCUCCAAACGUUUUUCGUCAUAAACCUUGUCAUUCCGAACGCCCUUAUUUUGUUCUUAAGCGCUCUAAUUUUUUUCAUCCCGGGCGAAAUCGGGGAAAAAAAGGGCUUUGGUAUCACUGUAACACUCGCUCUGUGUGUCAACCUGACAGUCUUCACCGAAUUUAUUCCGAUGAGUUCAAAAUCAUUUCCGAGAUUGUUCUCGUAUCUUCUAUCGAGUAUUGUGCUGUCGUGUCUAUCAAUGGUGAUUGGAACUAUCUCGGUUAAUGUUAUGGUGGAUGAUUCCCACGAAGACGUGGUCGAAGGAAAAGAUGGCAGUAAUUGUGACGCAAGAAGAUACUCAAGCCGAGGUUUCUCAAGUGUAGUUGGAAAUAAUAGCGACGAGCAAGAGAACACAGGGUCGAGACAAAGCGAUCAUCAUCAUGCUUCAACAGAGAAAGAACAUAAAAAGUCAGAUAAGGAGAUCUUCUCAUCUCUGACUGACAUUUGGGGAAAGACGAAGAAAAGGAUGUCUCGGAGACAAGUGGAAAAGCUAAUAGGAGGAGUGUAUCUCUGUUUCAUUGUGCUUUACACAAUUAUUUUUUUCGUUUCUAUGUAG